AUGAUGUUCACCAAGACUCUCGGCCUUGCUGCCCUCUUCUCCGCCAUUGCCUCCGCUCUUCCCCAGGACAUGAUGGUCCGCCGCUCAGGCAUGGUUAAGCGGGAGGGCGGCGGCGUCACAAUCACCAACAACCUCCAACAGGACGUCUACGCCUGGUCCGUAGCCGGCGACGUUGGCCCCAUGCAGACCAUCAAGAGCGGUGGUGGCACUCUCUCCGAGACAUGGCGCAAGAACCCCAACGGCGGCGGUAUCUCCAUCAAGCUCGCCCUCGAUCCAGAGCAACACGAUGUCCUCCAGUUCGAGUACACCGACGCCGGUGACACCAUCUUCUGGGAUCUGUCUUGCAUCGACAUGAAGUCCAGCAACAAGUUCACCAACUACGGCUUCGCUGUUCGGCCUUCCGAUGAGACUUCCACUUGCCCCAAGGCCAUUUGCAAGGCUGGUGAUACCGCUUGCUCAGCGGCUUACCUGAUACCUACUGAUGACCACGCUACCCACGGUUGCCCUAUCGACACUGCUCUCGACCUGUCUAUUGGCCAGGCCUAG